AUGCUUAACAGACACUCCGCUUUGACGGAUUUCCUUGCUUCCAAUAAUAUCUCUGCGGCACAAAUUCGCGAUGAUUACGACCGCCGGCUGGCGAAUGCGACGCGCCAGGCUGCAGAGGAGGAGGGAGCCGCUGCAAUGGAAGAAGAAGAACCCGAAUACGAGCCUACAUCAGAAGCAGAGUCCCCCGAAGCGAAAACUAAGAAGCGCAAGCGCCAGCAAGCCAUCGAAAAGAUCAAGAAGAGCAAGGAGUUCGCCCGCCGCAAGGCCCGCCGAACUGCGGAGCCGGACGACGAUGACGAUGAUUUGGCGAAUACUAUAAUGAAUGAGAAGCAGCGGCCUGUUCCAGCAAGACUGGCCCUGCUGGGGGGGCUUCUCUGCGCAGACUGCUCUAAGAAGCAUGCCGAUGGCGGUAAAAAGGCACCGGCCAAGAAGCGCAGCUCGGGUAUCGGGCGUCGUCAAAAUCAGAGCAAAUUGCUAGAUGGCAUGUCCCCUCAUGGCACCCAGAGCUUGCUAGAGACAUGUAUUAAGAAAGUGGCCGAACAUAUCGACGACGUGGAAGAGUUCGGCGACCUUCCUCCUCCAGUGAUGCAUCGUCUUAGCCAAAUCUUAUCCAGAAAACGCGCAGUGACCUCAAAGACCCUAGAUCUUUUCUUACGACCCAACCACAGGGAGAUCAACAUUUACGACUGUGCAAGGCUCGACACCGAUGAUUACCACAAGAUCCUUGCGUCCAUGCCGGCUUUGACUCGCCUGAACCUACGGUUCGUCACGCCGAUGAAGGAUCGUAUUUUCCAGUAUAUGGUGGAUCGCGACAUGAAUAUCCAAGACCUCCAUCUGGAUUCGCCGAAUCUUGUGACCGACGAAUGCUGGCGCCAAUUCUUCACCAAGCUGGGCCCCCGGUUGCAAAGUCUGAAGUUGUGGAAUCUUGACUCUGCAUUUGACGACGAAACUAUGGAGAUCAUGUGCAAGAGUUGUUCCGGUCUCCAACGUCUGAAACUGAAAUAUCUCUGGAAAAUUGGCGAUAAAGCGCUUGAAUCGAUAGCAACGCUGAAGAACCUAGAGCACUUGUCACUUCAUUUCAGCCAGGAGACUAGCCCGGAGCCCCUGCUACAGGUUAUCACUGAGAUCGGUUUCAAGCUACGCUCUCUAUCUCUGGAUGAAUUCCCACUCGCAGAUGACAGGCUUUUGCAACACAUCCACGAGCAUUGCCAUAAUCUUAGCAAGCUUCGAUUCACCAAAAACGAGCUGUGUACUGACAAAGAGUUGGCAGCGCUCUUCCGGGGUUGGUCUAAUCCACCCUUGCGAUUUGUGGAUUUCCACGGCCUUCGUGAUGUAGACAUGUCCAACCCUGCUGGACCUGUUGAGCCUGUGGGUCUGGCAUCGGAUGGUUUUAUUGCUCUGAUGGAACACUCAGGCUCCAGACUCGAGACUUUGAACAUUGCCUCUUGUCGUCACAUUUCAUACGCGGCAUACGAGGAGGUCUUCUCUGAGCACAAACGAUAUCCCGAACUCAAGUAUCUCGAUAUCGCAUUCCAGGGAGUCGUGGAUGACUUUCUGGCACAGAGCAUCUUCCGAUGCUGCCCAAAUUUAGCCAGACUCGUUGUCUUUGGUUGCUUCAAGAUCCGCGACUUGCGAGUUCCUCGAGGUGUAAACGUGAUUGGCACUAUGGGCGCCAAACUGAACGUUGACGGAAUUGCUCAGAAAGAGAUUGUUUGA